AUGGAUAACGAAAUCCCUCUUCCUCCGCCCCCGCGGAUUCGCCAUCGGUCACCGGCCACCGCGUCGGGCAAUGUGGCCGCGUCAAGUUCUCCUUUUCAGAAGCCUCAGCGCCCUUCGCGGUCUCGGUUCGAUGACGUCUCCAGUAUACCGUCGAGUGAUCCAGCUUUCUUUUCCAGCGAUGAUAUCCCCUCCUCGUCUGUGGACAACUAUCAUGGGUCUGGCCAGCCCGAGAAGUCUAAGAAGCGGCGGUACCGCGGAACAUGGUGGGGUGAGAUGGCAGUGGAAGCGAAGAGGAAGAGGGGCGAUUUCAAGGAAAAGCGCAACUGGGACAGUGGUGUUUGGAUGGGGAGUGAUGAGUCUUCUUCCGAAUACUUGCUUUCCUCGGAGGAUGCGUCUUCAUGUGAGGACUAUCCGAAAAAUGCAGGCGACUGGGAUACACGGGGACAGGUGACGACAGCAGUUCCGCAUCCUAAAGUUGCUUGCACAGCCAUUGAUAGGUGUGCUCAGCCAAGCAACGGACCGACUUUCCAGGCUCGUGCCGUUCGGGCAGUGGAGGAGCCAAAGGAGCAUCAGGCCGCUCGAGCUCUGGUAAAUGAAUACCUGGAUAAGGGCCAGGACAGCGUGGACCUCAGCAACGGUAAUCUAAGAACGAUCCCCCCUGGCUUGCUUCGACCGUUGCUGCAUUUGACGAAGCAACCCGCUGUGAAAGCUCCUCCAGUGACUGACGAGGUCUAUACCUCGUUGACACCUUUUCUCCGGCUGUUUUUGUCCGGAAACUCCCUGACAGAUCUCCCGUCGGAGCUGUUCGAGCUUGGGAACCUGAAGGUUCUGAGCUUACGAAACAAUAAGCUUCGGGAAAUCCCAGCGGCCAUACGGAAGUUGACGAAGCUACAGGAGAUUAACGUCUCUGUCAAUCGGCUACAGUAUUUGCCUUGGGAGAUAUUGUGGCUGAUUAAGAAGGGUGACCUGAAACAUUUGAUCGUUCAUCCGAAUCCAUUCCUCCAGUUGGAAGAAGCUCGCGAUGAUAUCGAGGAAUGGCACUAUGGUCCGAAAGCCCCUGGAGAGGUGUUACGAGCGCCCGAGUAUGAGGGACCUGCCCCUGAAGAAGCGUGGGCACCUAUCCAUGUUGCCACCAGUCGUGUUCAACGUCUUGACAGCGAAGGGUUCCCUGUCGCGGAUGGAAAGAGUCGCGGGGGUUUUCAAGGCCAGUCGACUGAAGAAGCGCCAUCCCGCGUGCCGUCUUUGCGUGAACUGGCCCUUUUGGAAUGUAACAGAUUUCCGUAUCUGGACCAAUUCCUCGAUGGGGAUCUGUCUGGAUAUCCUGAACUUGUGACGCGUCUGCUGCGGCAAGCGAGGGAGGUUCGGAACGCGGGUGGCCGAUGCUGUUCGAUCUGCCAUCGCAGUUUUGUGAUCGCCCGUGCUCAGUGGAUCGAAUGGUGGGAUUGCACCACCUAUGAAAGCGGACUCAAGGGUCCACGAGCACCGGGUGCAGAACUUCGGCCGUUACCUUUCCUGCGACGAGGCUGCAGCUGGGCGUGCGUUCCUGGAAGCACCCCGGACACCUUGCAGGGCGGAGAUGGUCAAACUGUCGACGGUAGAUCAUCGUCCUAG